GAGCUGCGUUUUAAUUGGUUGCUCUUGUGCGAGUGCUGCCGCUCUCGUCCUGUGAUUGGCUAGUUCAGGCCUCCUCGGGGGCGGUGGGCGGUAGCGCACCGAGGCGCAGCGGCGCGGGAGGAGCGUGCGGCGUGUUUCCGGAGCCAUCGGUCGGCAGUAGGGGGAGCGGGCUGGAGAACACACGGCAAUGGAAGCCGAGUUUCGGGAAAUUGAUGAAUCCGGGAACUGGAACGCCAUUUACCAGGAAAUCAGACAACAGUCAAGCGAGCUGCCCUGCAGGAUUGCCAAACUACCAGAAAACAGAAGCCGCAAUCGCUACAGAGAUGUCAGCCCAUUUGACCACAGCCGAAUUCAUCUUCAGCUGGGCAACAAUGACUACAUCAAUGCCAGUCUGAUCUCCAUGGAGGAGGCGCAGAGAAGCUACAUACUUACUCAGGGUCCUUUACCUAACACAUGCGGUCAAUUCUGGGAGAUGGUGUGGGAGCAGAGGACUCGAGGAGUUGUCAUGCUGAACCGUGUUAUAGAGAAAGGCUCGGUGAAGUGUGCGCAAUACUGGCCACAGAAAGAGGAGCGGGAAGCGUUUUUUGAGGACACAAACUUCAAGCUGACGUUGGUUUCAGAGGAUGUGAAGUCGUACUACACAGUCCGGCAGCUGGAGCUGGAGAAUCUAUCAACUCAGGAAACCAGAGAGAUUCUUCAUUUUCAUUACACCACUUGGCCAGACUUUGGUGUGCCUGAGUCUCCAGCAUCCUUCCUGAACUUCUUGUUUAAAGUGCGGGAAUCAGGCUGUCUAAACUCAGACCAGGGACCUGUGGUGGUCCACUGCAGCGCUGGCAUUGGCCGUUCUGGAACCUUCUGCCUUGUAGAUACCUGCCUCCUGCUGAUGUCUCUGCGGAAAGACCCAUCCUCAGUCCAGAUAAAGGACGUUCUGUUGGACAUGAGGCAGUACCGCAUGGGUCUGAUCCAAACAGCGGACCAACUCCGAUUCUCCUACCUCGCUGUUAUUGAGGGAGCCAAGUCCAUUAUGGGAGACACAUCUGUUCAGGAGUCAUGGAAGGAGUUAUCAAAUGAGGAAGAUCCUCCUCCAGAGUUCACUCCUCCGCCUCGACCACGACUCCUGAAGGACCCCCACAAUGGAAUGGGUGAUCCUGUAAAGUUUGAGCCCACACCUCGUUUCUUCCCCGAGCAUGAGCUCAUACAGGAGAGGAAUGAGGUCCACAUACACAGUGCCCCUCCAGAAACAGCGCUUCGCCAGCGGACAGUGGCAGUAGGAGCAGGUGAGACCAGUACAGAGACGUUGCCUAAUGACCAGCUUGACCACGCCAACGCUCUGAAGCCAAGUUACACUGUCCCAGAGACGACAGAGCCUCCAUCCAAACCUGCACGGUCACUGCCGGAGACUCAUACAGCCCCACCUGGUGGCACUGCAGCUGGAGAGUGGAGCCCCCUUUUGGCCAACGUCUGUGUGUGCACUGCACUCAUUCUAGGUGCUUACGUCUGUUACCGCGCCUGUUUCCACUGAUGUUCUCUCUCUCUCUCUCUCUCUCUCUCUCUCUCUCUCUCUCUCUCUCUCUCUCUCUCUCUCUCUCUCUCUCUCUCUCUCUCUCUCUCUCUCUCUCUCUCUCUCUCUCUCUCUCUCUCUCUCUCUCUCUCGUCUUCCCAAUCCCCUCUCUCUCGUCUUCCCAAUCCCCUCUCUCUCUCCCUCCAUCUGUGGGGGUGAGAAAAUAGGUUCUGCUGGCCAGCCAGCCCUCUCUACCUCCUUUGAGAGAGAGACAAUAGAAAAAGAGAGAGAUGAAGAUGGGGAGAGAGAGGCCAUCUUCUAAUGAGGCCUGUCUCUUUAUUCUUUUCAGUCCCCCCCAGCCCCACUUUCUUUUCCUCAUACAGUUUGAGGGGAAGGAUGUAGAGAAAAGACUUUCUCAGCCAGACUGCUGUUAUUCCCCCCACCACACAUACACCCACCCACACACACAAACACGGAGUCUACAGUACUGUAUAAAAAGUCAGAGACAGUCCUUCAUUUACUUAAUUUACAGCCAUUAAGAACAAGUUAUUCAUAUUUCUGGGGAGAUUAGAUGGAAGAUUAAUCACCCGCAUGAGCAAAAGGAAAGUCAAAGGGAAAUGUGUAAAUAUAUACAUAUAUACAUACGUGUGUGUGUGUCUGUGUGUGUGUGUGUGUGUGUGUGUGUGUGUGUGUGUGUGUGUGUGUGUGUCCCCAAAACAUUUAAUAGGUGACCAAAACUUUCACCAUCAGAUGAAUAGCACUUAAAGCUUUCAUGUUUUAAAGAGAGGAGAAAAUCAAGCUACACUCCUGCUUCACAUCUAAAAAGGUGUUUGUGAGCCAACAACUCAACACUCUUGGUCUCUAAGAAUGUUAAGCUGUCAAGAAAUCAUUACUGAAAAAAGGAAAGGGACAAAAAGAAAAAAUUGUGCUGCCAUUUCUUGAAUUGUGAGAAGUAGAAACUGCAAGCAAUUUCUGUAACUGAGCUUUGUAAGUGUGGGAAAUUAUCCUUGCAGAUUUUUUUUUUGAAAAACUGAAAACGCAUCUCCUGCAAAGAUCAGAUCUGAGCUGUAACAAAGGCAAAGGGUAGACAUACUAGGUACUGUAUGCAAGUUACAUGAAUAACUUUUUUUAACAGCUAUUUUGUCAGGAAAUAACUGAAGGGUGGUCUCUGACUUUUGCAUAGUACUGUGUCUUCAGUAGCUCAGGGCAUCACAUUUCAGGUGUCACGAAAAAUGGCAUCCAGGUUUUACUUAAUCCAAAUAAACCCUUUUAUUAUUGCUGCAAUAAGCAAGGGAAGGUCUGUGUGUGUAUACUGUGUAUGAUUGCGUGUAUACAGUAUGUUUGUGUGUGUGUGUGUGUGUGUGUGUCAGGGUAGUAAGGUGUAUGAGUAUGUAUUUGUGUGUCACAUAUAAUGUCUGCAUUCUUAAAACUUUGCAGAUUUCAUGUACCGUAACUGCCAUAAAACCACAAAUAGACUUCUAUGGCUUUGGCAGUUCAUUUACCCUCCUCAGAUUCAAAGUGUUUUUGUUCCUUUUUUCUCUUUUCCUGCUCAUCAGCAGAGUCCAAAACUGUGCAUUGUGUGUGUGGUGUGUGUAGGAUUAAGAGGGAAUUGUACUAAGUGUAUGUGGGGAGAGGAGAGAGUGGUAUUGGACCCCACUCUUAAAGGAAUAGUUUAGCGAGCAAUUAAAUUUACAGAAUUUUCCACUUACUACAGAUGUAGUCAACCAGACAUGUAUGGUGUCCACAUUUUGCUUCUUUAAUUUAGCACAUACAGGAUUUACAGAAAAGAUUUGGGUGACUUUUGACUUCUAGUGCAACACUAGCUUUUUAGCUCCAGUUCUAAACUAAAGAUGAUCAAUUGACACCAAACAUGUUUUGGCUGGUGAACAUAUCUGGUAUGUGGAAAACUGUAAAUUAGAUUUUUCAUUGAACCAUUCAUUUAAAGCAAACUUGCCAGUUAUGAUAUAGAGGUGAUGCCAGGGCACAUGCAUGAAUGUGCUGUUCUGUACACCAGAAGGGGACGUGCUCCCUGCUUAAGACAGCUAUGUAUGUAUGCGUGAAUGUUUUUGUCUGUUUUAGAUUAAACAAGUGUGUGUAUAUAGUUGGGGGUGGUCAGUGAUGUAUCCUGACGCUCUAGUCUCACCUGCUGUUUUGGUGAGAAAGACAAGCUAGCCUUUUAAGCAGGCUCCAAAAUUCUCAUUUUUAUAGCCCCACCUGCUGUUUCCCCCUUACUUUUUUUAGAGGUGAAUUCCACCACUUUUUCAAAAAGUUCUGCAUAAGUUUUUGAAGUGUACACAAAAUCACUCAGUGUUUUAAUGUGAAAGGAUGAAUUGUAGUUAAGACCUGAGUAUCUGCACAGUGGCAUAGUGAUAGGAAAUAGGGAUCACAAUGUCUACAACACAAAUAGUGGCAGGCUGGGACUGUGGAACUGUUUUUGUCUUUUGUCUUGCAUGUAGCUCCCCUCCAGGCAUGGGUUCAAACAAAGUUUGACCUAAUUACAUAACCUAAUCACAAAACUAGAAUAAACAGUCCCAGGCUUCAGGCAGAGUACUGACAUCUAUUAAAAAGUGUGUGUGAUGUAGCCUUUAGAGGCAUUAAACUCUUCACACUUCGGGUUCCUAUCAGCACCACUGUGGACAAUUCUGACUUGGUAAGUUUAUCAAGAAUGAAGCAUUUAACAUCAAGGCACUCAUAAUUACAAACUCAGUAAUGAAAUUAUGCAGAAAUUUUUCAACAUUAGUGGAAUUUCCCCUCAGCGUCAUUUUCGUUGUAUGGACUGUUGCAAAAGUUGAGGUGAGUGAGCUUGAGAGAGAUGUGCGAGUAAGCGUGUGGUGUGCAUGUGUUGGGUCUGAAUGGAGAGGUAGGAUUACUGUUCUAGCCCUAUCUCCUCCUGCCCACUUCCAAAGGUCACAGUUGCACUUAGCCUUUUUUAAAAAAAAAAAAAAAACAUACAAAAGAAAAAAAUGCAAAGAUAAGGCUUAGGCAGACGAGUCACGUCUACCCGGCUUGUCAACUUUUCUUCAGCUCUUACAAAGGACUCUUGGAAUGUGCUGUUUUUGCUGUUGAUGUUUCCUUCAGCGCUUUAAUUCCUCUCCUGCUUCUUUUCCAUUUGUCGUCGAGCUCGCAAAACGUUUAAUCAACGUAUUCAGGGACAUUGACCUCGUUUUUGUGGUUUUGACGAGAUCAUUUAAAAAAAGUUUGCUUUUCUGGCUCAGAACCCAUUAUUUUGUUUUUGCAUCACGUAGGGGAGGGGGACGGCGUGUUCCGUCAGCGCAGUGCUAAACGUUACUUAACGCUGAAGUAACGUUUAUUUCAAGGUUACGUCUGCUUAACCUUGGCAGGCCGCAUGAACGCACAAUGUCAGGUGGAUCUCAAGGACACACUGGCUCAAUCCCAAACCCCUUCCCUCACUCGCAGUCAUAGAACAGGAGGUGACUUUUAAAGCAGCUUUGAUUUUGACUCCGCCAUCCACCAGAUGGCAGCAUUGAGUCCUACCGCUUUCUUCAGCGCAGUAUUCUCGUACCCUGCUGUAAUGGAGCUGGGGGUAAAGUUGAGGCCUUGGAUUUGGCCUGCAUCUCCUCCUCCCCCUUUUUUUGUUAGUAGUACAUUUAAAUAUUGUUUUGAAGCGUGAGAGUAAGAAGGGCAACAAAGGUGGCCUCCAUUAGCUUACAGCUUGUAAUGGCAGUGGACGUUUCUGGUUCUUCGUCAAAAGCCAACAUGGAUUUUUUUUUCUCUCUCUCUAAAAUGUGGUUGCUGGUUCACACAGACUUGUUUUUUUCCUCCUGUGAAAACAUUUUCUCAAUUUUUGGAAAUGUGUGUGUGUGUGUGUGUGUGUGUGUGUGUGUGUUUUGUAUCUUUUGUGUACUCAGAAUGGACUCAACAUAAAAAAAAUGGAACUACUGCAGUUAGUGUCUUUGUUGUCACUGCAGUUUCAGAGCCACACCCAUGACGCUUUGACUAGGACUGAAUUUUCUUACCCAUGGAGGCUGAUUAGCAACAUUUAGUUAUGACUCUCUUCUUAUAUAUAUAUAAGUAUGUAUAUCACACACACACACCGCAUAGAACUAAACUAGAAACUGAAACUGAAGCCUACUAUCAAAGAUGCUGUCUUUCCACACCAAGGCUAUUGACGAAGAAUCUAGUGGACAGAAAAUGCUGGCUCAUUUUGGUGACUUUGGACCACCUGUUGGAUAGGGAGCAGUGAGGGUCAAACCAAAAAAAAAAAAAAAACAAACAAAAAAAUGCACCAGCACAUGGAAAGAAGAGGAAAAA